AUGUCCGGCGCGCUUGUCGCCGGGCAGAUCAAAUCAUCAUUAGGCGUAGCGGAAAUGAAGGACGGCAAAGGACCGCCGAAGAAAAUUCUCGUGCUGGGACCAUGCAAGGCCGGGAAGACGGCAAUUUCGAACUAUUUGGGCGAGCAGGUGGAUUUGGAAUCCCUUGGAGAAUACCGACCGACGAAAGGCGUACGAAUAGUGGAAUUCGAAAGUCAUGAGCUUGAAAUUAAUCAACAACGAGUCGAGGUUGAUGUGGAAUUGUGGGAUUGCAGCGGAGAUCUGAGAUAUCGUGACUGUUGGCCGGCGAUACGCGAUGGAAUCGAGGGUGUGAUUUUAGUGGCGAAUCCAGAUGAGAAUAAAGGAGAGGAUUUAAAUUUGUGGUGUCGAGAAUUCAUUGCUAAAUCGAAAAUGAAUCCUGAGAAUGUGCUCGUCGUACUUAACGAAAUCGGAGAAAAACGAACAAAUGACGGAGCGAUUUCGGAAUUUCAACUGCCUUCUCAGUUAUCGUCAGCGAUUUGUGCGGCUUGCAACCUUCAACACGAUGGUGAUCAACUUAGACUUGAAUUCAACCAGUUUUUGGUGAAUAUUAUCGCUAAAAGCGGAGAUUAUUGA